CGGUACAAAGUUAGCUUGGAAACUAAUUCUCGGAUCAAAUAGUUUGUGGGCACAAAUUUUACAGCAGAAAUAUAUGUGCAGAAGUGAUGAUGAUUUACUUAAUGUUCGACUUGGAGACUCAAAGCUCUGGCAUUUCAUUUGUCAACAAUCUGACAUUGUUGAUAUGGGAUCAAGAUGGCAAAUCAGAAAGGGGCAAUCAGUUAAUUUUUUUAACGACACUUGGCUCUUUGAGAAACAGAGUAUCAAAGAGGUAUGUUUGAGACCGCUUUCUGCUGAGGAAGAAGAGAGUACUGUCUCUGAAUGGGUAGUAAAUGGGACUUGGGACUUCACAAGAUUAUCCAAUCUCGUUCCUAAUGAAGUGAUGCAAAGGCUUAUCUCAAAGCUCCCACCUAUGACAGCAGCUGGAGAUGACAUCUUAGCUUGGAAUGCCACUACGAAUGGGGACUUUACUGUCAAGAGUGCCUAUUAUUUGAUUGAACAGAGUCAACCAAAUAGCUACAGCUCCACUUAUAACGCUAUUUGGAAAUGGACAGGUUUUGAGCGGAUUAGAGUCUCCUUAUGGAUUGCUUUCAAUAAUAGGCUCCCCACUAAUGCAUGGAGGAGUAAAUGGGCUGGUACUUCUCCAAUAUGUUCUCACUGUGGCAUUGGAAGCGAAGACACCAUCCAUAUUUUGCACGAUUGCUCAUACGCUUGACACCAUCCAUAUUUUGCACGAUUGCUCAUAGGCUGAGAAGCUUCUCUGAAUUUUUCUCUUCAUCAUUAUGUGAUUAGAUGUCAUGCAAUCUAACCAAGAAAUGGGUUGCUGAUGAUACCUAUGAAUGGAAUUUGAUUUGGGCUGUCACUGCAUGGUUUCUAUGGAUCUGGCGUAAUAAAUCAAUUUUUGAGACUGAUUUUCAAAAACCAGCUCAGCCUUAUUAUGUUAUCCUAAAUACCUGGAAAUCUUUUGUGGAAGGAAACAAUCUACCAUCUCCUUCUUUGAACCCCUUGGUUAGACCGACUGCGGCCUGGCAACCACCUUCAAUUGAUUGGUUUAAGGUGAAUGUUGAUGGUGGGGUUUCUAAUGGUUCUCAAGACGCCGGGUGUGGGGGAAUCAUUUGGGACUAUAAAGGGAGCUGGAUUGUAGGAUUUUCAAAUAUGCUAGGUCAAUGUACCCCUAAUGAAGUGGAAGAAUGGGCUAUUUUGAAGGGACUGCAAGUCGCCUCGGAUUUUGGUUUCAGAAACAUUAUUGUCGAAUCAGACUGCAAAAAUGUGGUGGACUUGAUCCUUAAAAACCAAAGAACAAACUCUUGCAGCCUGGUCUUUUGUCAGACUCAGGAGAUGCUGACCUUCAAGUGGCAGGUGAAAUUACAACAUGUAACAAGAGAGCAGAACCGUGUAGCAGACUCUCUAGCCAAGGAAGGAAUUUCCAGAACCUCUUUCUUUGAUUGAUGCCCGUCUCAUUUGUGGGAUUUGUGCCAAAAUGAUUGUCGGGGAGCUACUCCCCUCUCCACUUAUAGUUUUCUUUGUUUGCAAGGGUGAAUUCCCUCUUCUUUUAUCC